UGGUGAUUCAUACUAAAUAACAGUUAUUUCUUUCUUUACUUUAGUGGAAUUUUAAAAUGUAUUUAAUUGUAAAUAAUAAUUUAUAUCUUCUUAGAUUAUGAUUGGAAGAUUCCAUAUCGCAACCAAGAAUAUUAAUCUUCUAUCCUCCCUUCAAGAUUCUGUAACUUGUAUUAACAAAGUUCACUUAUCAAAAUUGUUAAAUUUACAUGAAAACAAUGUUAUAAAUCCCAGUGACUACAGAAAUUUAAUUUAUUAUUUAUCUCAAGCUCCUGAUAAGCUCAGGUUAAAUGAAGUUAACACCCUUGUAAAGGGGAUGUUGUACACUAAAUAUAAACCAGACUCUUAUUUUUUUGAUAAAAUCAUGUCAAAUUUGGGUAGGAAUUACCAGGAAAAUCCGCUCCUGUCAGUUGAUACAUUUUAUUAUUUACUUCUCCUAAAUCAUGAAGAUGUUUCUCCAGAUGAAUGUGUAGAGUUUCUUGAUAACUUUAGGAUAUCUGCUGAUCUAUACGUUCAAUUAAAACUGUUAAACGUAUUCUACGCUAUACAAUUUUACCACUCACACAUUCAAGAGAGUUACACUCCUGAAAUUGAAAACUUUGUAAAAUAUUUAAGGCUAAUCUCACCUAAACUUAAGUUAAAGUGUGGAAUCAAAGAGGAAUCGAAGGAAAUUAAACAAGUUAAAUCAACAAUGGAUAGUUUAAACUUGGAAUAUUUUUCAGCAAUAACAGGCCACAUAUACAGUCCGAUAAUUUUAAAAAAUACUAAUAUGGCAAUUGAAAUGAGAUACGAAAGGGAUAAAUACCUUGAAUCCGAGGAUUCCUUACCAACAAUACAACUGAAACAGCUUAUUAUGAGGGAUUUGGGCUGGAGAGUUCGUUUCAUUCCCUUCGAGCGUUGGAAACACAAUUCCACGGAUUUUGAGAGGAGAAAAUAUUUAUCUAAAUUUGUCAGUGAAUUUUAUGUCGAGACCCAAUUUACCGAGAAUCCACCGUGGGUGAUUAAUAUUAAAACGACAUCACACAUUAAAAAAUAACUCUGUAAAAUG